GUUUUCUUUCUCGGUGUUGUCUAAGGUGCCGGUGCUGAGGUCAGCAGGCUCUGGGAAGAAAAAUAAUAAAUCACUCAGCGAGAUUGGAGGAAGAACUGAAGAGGAAGGAGAGGACCCGAAGCCCUUGGCCGCGGGGGAACUGCUGGGCGGCUUCCUUUGGGGACAGAUGCUUCCUUCCAGCCUCAGGCUUCGGCCUACCCCUUAAGCCCACCAUGGUCUCCAGGCUCAUCUUCUUGGCUCUGCUCCCGUGGCUGCUUCAGAGAGGAGGAGGGCAGUCCGUGGUGGAGAAGAUGCCCCCUAUCCUGGUUAAAUCGGCUCCCUCCCAUGUGGAAUUCCAGUGUGCGGUCACCUAUCCCAACACCGACGCGUACAAGAACUUCCAAGUCGGCUACUAUCAAACAGACCACCGAGGCCAGCGAAUCCAAGAGGUGUACUUCCCCUGCAGAGCGGGCCCCGGGCCCGAGAACCAGACCCUUACGACGGACUGCUCGUUUUCCGCUGGCCCAUUCCGUAACGCCUCCGCCACUGGGACUUACUACUGCCAGGUGAAGUGGUCUGGAACCAAACGGAAAGGAAAUGGCAUCUUCAUCCUCGUCAGAGAUUCCGGGUACAAAGAACCCCCCAUGAGUGCAAGAAAAUUCCUACUCAUCACCUCUACCUCCCUCCUGGCCAUCCUAAGCAUCGUUGGUACGGCUCUGCUGCUGUGGAAGACCGAGGUGUUGCCUUUGAGGAAGCUCCUCUCUCGGAAGGACCCAGUUCAAGAGACGGGAAUCCAAGAGCCAGCUCGUUCCGGAUCUGUUUACACCUCUCUGGAGCACAUUCAGCCGGAAGUUUAUUCUAUCAUUGAGCAAGACCCUAGUAGUCCACUACAGGAGUGUGGCCACCUGCCUCAGGAACAGCAGCUGAAAGUGGAAGCAGACUUGGAGUGUAAUUCCGUCUAUGAAAAUUUCUGAUGAAUAAAUGCUGAUUG